GAAAAAAAUCAACAUGGCGGAUGUUUAUACGGAUUCUGCAGAUGACAAGAAAGAGGACAAUGGAGGACAGAAGGAAACAGCAGAAGCUUCUCAGGCAAAAGAUAGUAAUUCUUCAUCAUUUCACGGAGUGAUACCACCAAACCCAUUUGGACCUCGUCUUAUGCUGAAAUCAGAUGUCGUUUCAAAAUCUUCUCACUCCACAUUUAACACACAUCCAGUGUAUAUUGCUCCAAGUAGACUUGGUUCUAGUUCUGUGUUUUCAAAAUCACAAACCUCAAGUAGCACAGACACCAAGGGAAGUGGUCCACACAAGUCCUCUAUUCUUGCACCAUCUAAAUUGGACAUGUUGAACCAGACAGAUAGUUCCAGUCCAUCCAAGUUAUUGUUACGGCCAUCACCUCUUUCUUUCUGUGUUCAGAAUUUGAAACAAAAGGAGUGCGAUGUUAAAGAUAAAGAAAAAGAAAAUCAAGAGAAAUCUGGCAGUGAUGAUGUGCCCAGUGAAGUCUGUAAGGUCUCCAGUGAUUCAGGAGUAAAACGUGAUGUGGAAAAGAAAAAAGACAAUGACAAAGAGACUAAUCCUUUAUGUGACUCUAGUGCUACAAAUGAUACCACACAGGAAAAUUAUUUUGCUGCUGCUCUUGCCAAAUCAGACGGAAAAGAAUCAGAAUCAUCGUCCAAAACAGAUGAAAAAUCAGGACAGUUCAUAUUUGGUCAAAAUUUAGAUGAGCGUGUUACCGGUGUUGCAAAAUCUCCUAAUGAGAAAACUGAAGAAGGUUUUGUGUUUGGUCAGAACUUAGAGGAGAGAGUGAUCAAAACAGAUCCGUCUUCUGGUGAACAAGAAGAAACUGAACCAAGCAGAGAUUGUCUCUCUCCUUCAGAUAAAAGCCUUACAUUGGAGGAAUCAGCCCGUGAAUUCCAAGCAAGAAAAGAGAAACAUGUUGAUUACAAGGAGGUGGAUGUUGUAACAGGGGAGGAGGGGGAGUCCAAUGUUUUACAGGCUACUGCCAAGCUUUUUGUGUUUGAAUCCCAUGGUCAGAAUUGGGUGGAGCGUGGCAGAGGACUGCUGAGGUUGAAUGAUCUGAUAACACCAUCACCGACAGAGUUCCAGUCUAGACUAGUAAUGAGAACCAUUGGUAGUCUGAGAGUGAUACUGAACACAAAGAUUUGGCCGGGCAUGACAAUAGAAAGAGCUAGUAACAGAAGUGUCAGAAUCACAGCCACUGAUGGAGGGGAAGGGGUGAAGGUGUUCCUUAUCAUGACCAGCCCCAAGGAUUCAGAGAACAUCCUUAGAGCAGUAGACUGGAGAAUACAACAGCUGCGUGUGCGAGAGGAUGUGGAUAAACCACAGUCAGAAAAACGCAAAGUUGAUCAAGAUGAAUCCUCAAAUGAAGGCACAGCAAAAAAGCCCAGAUCAGAAGAGCAUCCUGAUGGUUCCUUGGCAUCUGGAAGUUUAAAGAGGGAGGAAUCAGAUGGAAGUGUUAUUGGGCCAGAGACAGAUGCCUCUUCAACUAGUUCAACAUCAUCUUUGACAUUGAGAUCAGAGUCAGAUUGAGAGAAGAAA